UCUUCUCAAUACAUUGAUAUGAAUCAAAACGAUCUUCAGCCUCUACCUUUGUUAAGUAGCUUCCUAGGUUCAACUUCACAAGAACCUUUACCACAAAAGGAAAGUCAUAAGACAUGUUUUAAUCAAGCUGAGGAUGUCACAGUGGCCUUACAAAUAGGCCUUCCUAACAAUUCAAGUGAAUCACAAAAUGAAAAUGGAUUUCUGAAUGUCCCAAAUCAUGUUCCUAACAAUUACUGGAUACCAACUCAAGAACAGAUUCUCAUUGGAUUCAGUCAUUUCUCAUGCCCAGUCUGCCUCAAAACUUUCAAUCGUUACAACAACCUUCAGAUGCAUAUGUGGGGGCAUGGUUCGCAGUAUCGAAGAGGACCAGACUCGCUGAAAAGAACCCAUCCACGACCAUUGUUAGACCUACCAUGCUAUUGUUGUUCAAAGGGAUGUAAGAACAACAUUGAGCAUCCAAGAGCUAAGCCAUUGAAGGAUUUCAGAACACUGCAGACACACUACAAGAGGAAGCAUGGUUCAAAAACAUUCACUUGUCGAAAAUGUGGGAAGCCAUUGGCAGUGAAAGGUGAUUGGAGAACUCAUGAGAAAAACUGUGGCAAGCGUUGGCUUUGUAUCUGUGGAUCAGAUUUCAAACACAAGAGGUCACUUAAGGAUCAUAUCAAAGCAUUUGGAUUUGGUCAUAGCCCUUUUUCUUCUUCCUCUGGUGGUAUUUAAGGUUUCAAUUAUAUUGAUGUUUCUUGUUUGUUUUUUAGUACUCUU